AUGCCCGCCACCGCCAACCCUGCUAGCCUCGCCCUUACCGAGGACGAGGUCGACGAUCUCCUGUAUCUCGCCCGUGCGAACGAGACCCAGGACCUGCCGCACUACCUUCAAGAGCUCUCCCAGAGCCAUGCCGGCAGCUCACAUGCCGACAUCCUAGUCGCUGCCGUCGACGAGCUCUCGGGCAACACCGUCCUCCACUAUGCCGCCGCGAACGGUCACACUGAAAUCCUCAACACCGUCCGCAACACCCUCACCUCGGCAGCCCCCUCCCCCGAGGCCGUGAAGGAAUCGUACAAGUCAUUCGUGAACCUGAAGAACGCUGCGGGCAACACGGCGCUGCACUGGGCUGCCCUCAACGGCCAUCUGCCGGCCGUGCAGACGCUGGUCGCGCUCGGUGCCGAUGCCACCAUCCUCAACGCUGCGGGCCAUGACGCCGUCUUCGAAGCCGAACAGAAUGGAAAGAAUGACGUCGUUGGAUGGCUGCUUGUUGAGGGCGGCGCGCUAGACACAGUGGUCGGCGCAUUGAAGGAUGAAGAGGCCGCCGAGUCCAGCAAGACCGGGUCAAGGGAUGAUGACGAAGGAGAGGAUGUGGAGAUGAAGAUCACUAUGGGCGACACGUCAGAGUCGGGUGUGGAGAAGGGCGUCGAAAACCUGCAGAUGGACGACGCUAAAGCCAAAGGGAAGGCGAGUGGGUGA